AUGGUCACAACAAGAGGAAUGCGACAGGCAGCAGAUGCGCCACCACUGAGCGAAUCUGAUCCCACCACCACUCACACAGUAGUGACUGUGGCUAAGCCCAUCAUGGUGAAUCAGAAACAACGUGGUAGGCGUCGAAAAGUGGCUUCAGAAAUGCCACCGCCUGAGAUCAUCAACCCCCUUCCUGUGGGCCUGGCGGUUGAGGAACCAAGUGAGCCCCAGGUUGUUUCCUUGGUUCCCGCCCUUGUUUCCCCCAUUCUCACCCCCAUUUCUCCUAUUCUCACCUCUGCCGCUGACCCUCCCGUCGUGAGGAAGACCAGAAAGUCGCACACUAAAGCCAAGGCAAUUGAGGCUGACCAAACAGAGCAGAUCGGCAUUCCAGAGUACACAAUUGCGGUCACAAAUGCGCAAAUAAUUCAAGAAAUGCCAAGGCACCCAGCAGUCCUGCCACUUUGGGUGCAGUUAACCCAAAAGAAGUUAUAA